GCGCAAGUGUGUUGACGGUGUUGACGUUCAAACAAAUCAAAUUCCGAUGACACACAAAUAAAGCAGGUCGUUCGUUCCUACUGCUCCCAUUUCUCCGUGGAUCCGUCCCAAGAUGUGGAUGGCCAGGCGUGUGCCACCGCAAUGGACACGAAUGUACGUCUCAGACGCCCAUCGACGUUCCAAUUGAGGCGUGGGUGGUCGAUUCGAAAAGUAGGCGGGCCAUUGGAGCAGCAUGGAGGAAUCCGAGGUCCUACGCGAUGGCAAAAGUGGCAAUGCCUAUCGAAUCGUAGAUUUCUUGGGCGAGGGCGGUUUUGGCACGGUCUUUAAAUGCGUGUGCUUGCACGAUCCGUGGAUGGACCAUGUCGUGGCCAUCAAACGCUUGGACAAGGCUCGCCUCAGUCGGGUCAAUCUCCGGGCGCGGGUGGUCGAGGAGGUGCGGGUCCACGCCCGAUUGGAUCAUCCCUCGAUCUUGGGGCUGGAACACGUCUACGAGGAUGAGGCCCACAUCAAUUUAGUGUUGGAGUAUUGCUCGGGGGGCGAUCUAACCCGAGCUCUGAAGAGUCGAGGCCGAUUCCAUGAGGAGGAAGCGAGAAAUAUGAUUGCCCAAGUGGCCGAAGGCCUCAACUAUCUCCACAAGCACAAUAUCUUGCACCGAGAUAUUACCAUGUCGAAUAUCAUGAUCACCGAGUCUGGACGUUAUAAGAUCGGGGAUUUUGGCCUGGCCAAGUCCUUAGCGACGCCCACCGAGACACACCGAACCUUGUGUGGCACACCCAACGCCAUCUCCCCCGAAGUAGCACUAAAGCGACCGUACGGCCUUAUGGCUGAUGUUUGGGGAUUGGGUGUCAUUUUGUAUACAGUUCUCGUGGGGAAAUCGCCUUUUGAUGACGGGAGAGUGAAAUCAACCUUGCAAAAGGUGAUCCAUCAGAAUCCCGAAUUUCCACCGGAUCUUUCGCCUAAUGCGGUCCACCUCAUUACCGGUAUGCUUCAAAAGGACGAAUGUAAGCGCUUGAGCUUAUCCCAAGUGCUUCAACAUCCGUUCCUGGCUGUCAAUCCGAAUUCGUUGUGCUCCAGUCUCACCGGAGAUAGUGGGAUUGGCACCACCACGCUCACCAAUACCACUAACCAGAGCCAGAGCGUGAACAAAAAAUGGCCGGAUAUUCGUCAACCUCUGCUUGGACAUUUAUCAGAAGUGGUGGAAGAUGUCCAUACGAUGGGAUCAUCGCGUUACAUAUCGAGGCCAAAGAGUGCCACUCCUAGUCUACCCUCACAAACGGCGCCUGGGCCCCUUCAGACUGGGCCCAGAGCCGCCAUGCCGUAUCCUUCGCUCGUCAAGCCCAGGAGUGUUUCCACGGAAAAUGUGACAUUCCAAUCAUGUCGUCCGACAAGCCCUCUUACCUCAUCUUCAUCCAAUUCUAAGCCAUCCCAACCACUAUGUCCCCCGCUGUGCAGUGUCAGACUUCGACCUAGUCGGACGGUUCAGACGGUUAAGCCCGGUGUAACUGGUAGCAUCCUAGGCGAUGGAAGGGCACAGUUUCAUUUUGAGCUCACGAAGAAAUCCGGUCAAAGGGUACGGGAAAAAGUGACUGUGUCGAGGGACGGGUUGUCCAUAGAAGUGGAGCGUGAUAUGGGCUCAACGGACUUGGACGUUCAAGAGUACAAACAUUACACGCUUCCCCGAAGUUAUUGGCUCAAGUAUAAUCUCAUUUGUCGGUUUGUGCAAUGCCUUCGAGAGACCACUCCCAAAAUUACCCUUUAUGUAGAUAGCGCUCAAUGUUACCUCAUGGAGAACCUUCCCACGCCGAAUUUCGAAGUCUUGUUCGACGACGGACCUAAGAUCACGUACUCCGCCAAGAGUGGAACGAUUACCUUCACUUACAACAAGCAAGAAGAGACAUUUUCGUAUCCGUUGACCAAAUCGAUCACGGAGGAUAGAUUGCGUUACCUUCGUUGCUUUGAGGAAUGGCAUUCUCAAUGCAAAACGCUAGAAAAGAUGCUGUCUGAUUGUGCCAAAGACUUAAGCGCCGUUUUCCCAGCCACAUUUGGUCGCCGAAGUAAGAGCACUUCAUCCUCGCCUUUAACAAAUAAUCGCCAAAACAAAGAAAAAUCUAUGCACUUGGGUCACAGUGCAUAUUCCACCUCAAUGAUCUCCAACAACUUUUCACCCUCUUCGGUUCAGCCCGACCAGAGUCGAAUAUCCUGCAUUUCUAAGCAAUCCUCUGGUCGAGGCACAUUUCGAGAGUACCGCUUUUCAGAUGGAACUCUUCUGCAAAUUCCCAAGGAUAGUAGGGACGAGAUCUGUUACUAUAUGAACUCUUUUGGUCAAUGGGAGAACAAUGAGAAUGGUCCGUCCUCCGAAAUGAAGCUGAAACUUAUUCAAGCUAUGCGAAAUACAAGAUCAAUGAGGUGACAUUUGCUCACUCCUAGCAAUGCCAAAUUUUCUAUGUUUUAUGGUUGAAAUAGAAAGCUUCCAGCUGAACAAGUCAUCCUAUCGCAGAUCAAUGUCAGAAUAGUGUUUUCGAUUUUCAUCAAUUGUCUACGUUUUCCUCUUCAGAA